AAAAAAUAAAAAAAAACCCAUCUUUAGCGUCCAAGAGAACAAGGCCAGCCCAAACUGCCGACCAUAAAUUUGAAAGAAUCCAGCCAAAACUAACAGAAGGAAGCCAACUGUGAUUCAUGGACCAAUUAAGGAGUAGUUGACAGGCCUAACAGAAUCAUCUUAUACUAGGGCUGACCGUCCAAAAUUGCAAUUGUAAUUUGGGGAUGAAGUUUUGCAAUGGCGUCGGCGGCUGUACGAUUACGAGCAGUGUUGAACAAAGCAGCAAAAACAUGGGCAUCGUGUCGGGGAAAUCAUCAUCAUCGUCGACUUGUAAAUGGCAAGUUUUCAUCAGUUUUGGGUGGAGUCGACAGCAGCAGUCAUUUUCAUAGCUCCCAUAAUAAUGUGGAUGUGUGGCCGGCGUCAUUUGAUUUUCCGGCCAGCCGCAAGCACUACUGCUCUUUGCAAUCGACGGAAUUAAGUGACCGGCUCACUCCGGUUUCCUGCGCCAACGACGAUAGAGGGGUGUUAUAUGCUGCUGAUUAUGCUAUAAACAUUUAUAAUGAACAUUUUGCUUCUACUGGGAAGGUUAUUUCUUCAAGAGUAGUGAAGGCCAGCGCCCUUCGAAUUGGCAUUUGCAUCUAUAGCUUAAUAUUGGAGGGGAUUCCUGAGACAGGCGGCAGCUUAAAUGUUUAUCAUGCACUGGUUCAGCACAACCCCUUUAAACAGGAGAAGACGUUACUAGACUGGCAGCUGGUCAGUGAGUCCUCCUUUCCCUGCCCAAGAUGUUUGGACUCGGUGGACUGUCAAGGCGUUGAUAUGCGAGGGGAAACAAAAAAUUAUACACAUUCUACUGUUGCAAGUGAUGCAAUUGUCCCUAUCGACGCUGAGGAUAAUGAACAGAUCAAUAACUAUACUUUGUACGACUAUGCUUCGUCGGCGGUGAUAGAAAACAAUUACAACCUGGUCCGACCUUUUUCUGUCUGUGUUUUUUAUAUCUGUCUGUGUGUAUGUAGCAUCAGUUUGUUGGGUUAUGCUUAUCUAACUUUGGAUUUGUCAAUAAAAAAAUUCGUCUCGAGAAGGUUUUGUGUGCGAGCAAAUUAGAGGUUGCCGGUGCUGUAUCUUACUUCUUGUUUUUUCGGGCAAAGGAUGUUGAUGCAGAUCGGGGUAUUUUCUGUGCCGUAAUAAAAAAGGAUGGGGUUGAAGAGUUCUCUUCCAUGUCUCCGCAACAGUACCAGCAGGUUGGCACGAGAAAAAUGCAAGAUUCGAUCUUACACGUGGUUCGUGUCGGAAGUGCAUGAUCAUCACCUCCUGCAAAGAAUUGUUCGACGGGGGGUUUGCUGUCUUUUGCUUCUUUGAGUAACUGGCUGGUUUGCUAUCCCCAGGAUGGACUAGCUAAUCUUUUGUAAGUAAUUGAGCUUCGGGCUGCCUAAGUUAGUAAGGGUAUGGAAAAGCUUUAAACAUUCCGGUCAUGCUUGUGUUAGCAAAUUGACUAAUGCCCAUCCUAAUCGAACAAAAACCAGGAACCAACGCGAAACUAAAUCAUUUCAAGCCUAUAAUCAAUAAGAAGAAAAACAGAGAACAUCCUAAACAACAAUCUAAUGGCAAAUUCGAAUCCACGCCCAAUCCCACCCUAAUUACUCUAUACCACCACAAAUUAUUUCAAAAUUGUAUAACCACCCCAUAGUUCAUACCCCAUUGAGCACCCUAACAUCAAAAAACAAUCACCCGAACAUCAACAAACUCAACACUAUUGGUGAAUAUUAUUUGCAUAACUCUCAUAAACAUUAUUUUUAAAUCGGUAUGAAUAUGGUCUUUAGACUUCUUAUUUGCAUUCAUCUUCCAAUUUUAAAAAAACAACUGUAAAACUUGGAUACACAUGAUAUGAAAAGUAUCAUUUUUAUUCAUGAAUAUUUUAUGAAAAAAGUGAGAACAUUUAUUGUACACACUAGAGUUAUUCUCAUCGGGUCAUUAUGGCGAUAGGAACUCAUUUUCAAAUAGUCACAUUAUUAGAACUUUUUCAUCAGAAAAUUACAGGUAAAGUAAAUAAAAACAGUUUUAUGAAAAUAAAUGUUGAAGGUUGAAAAAUAAGAAUCCAAAGUAAUCACAAGCAAGAGCAACAAAACUACUUACUGCAACAAAUGAUUGAAAGGCCCUCACUUCUUCAUUCACGAAAAGUAUUACUAGUACUAGUAAUGAAUCAACUCGCUUUUCUAGACAUAACAGCACAACAGUUUACUGCUCUUUAAGAGCCUUCUUCAAAGCUUCCGGAUUUAUCCAAAAGUAUAUAUAAGUCAAGCAAAAUCAUUGGAGCAAAAGGCAAUCAAAUCAAUUCAGCAAAGCUCACAAUCAAAAAUCAUACAGUGGAGAUUGUACCACAGCAAAUAAUACAAAUUUCACUCAAAUCAGCAACUGAAAUGGAGUGCAAUAUGCACAAAUAAUCACACCCUCUUGCAAAAACUCAAAUAAACAUCACACAGUUGUAACUAACUUUGGCAAUAAAACAGAGCAGUAAAUUACCUAAUAGUUCAAUCAACUCAGAAUCCUGCACAUCCACUCAGAGUAGCAUAAUGUUGGCUGCACAUCCAUUCCACAAAAUUACGGUACGGUCACCUGCGCUGUUCGAUUGCCUCUCCGCUUUUGACUGCUUCGACCCCGGCACCAAUAUGAUCCAGGCGAAGAAGACUCCUUUCUACACCACAACCCACCGACACCGAGUUCAGCAGCCUGUUCCGCACCUUUAGUUUGUUGUUUUCAAAUUGGAUUGAGACUGGGCAAAGAGCAGACGAUGGGUAGAUAGCAGGAGAAGAGGGAAAGCCAGAGAACUAAAAUCAAUGGAGAAUCCUUCUGAAAAGGGAAAAAGGAAACCAAAAAAAUGUUAACGACGUUCUGAAGUACUAUGGAUGUAGUUACGAUAAAUGGCACAAGAAUGUUAACAAAAAAAAUGGCACAAGAAUGCUAUGCACCGCAGUAAGAUUCCAUCUUCACGUUCGCUGCUUCCAGUACGUUACGAUACCCUCUGCCCAUGAUUAAAAAGAACCAAAAAGAACACCAGAUUUGAUUAACAAAAGAAGCAUCCUAAAAGAACGAAGACUUACGACAAUGUCCAAAACAUCUGAUGUUUACUCGACAAAACAAAUAGAGGGGAAAAAAAAAACUCAUUACUAUAGACUAGUGCUUAGCAUUCGUAGCUCGCGACACAUUCUAUUAAUAAUUCGGUGUCCUAAUUUUAAAAUUUUCAAAUAGAUAUGAAUUCUGAAGUACUAUGGAUUGUUUUUUUUUUUUUUUCAUUAAUAGCUCAG